AUGCCGAGUACAGAUUUCAGUGCUGUUACUGAGAACGACAUUUGGAAUGUUAAACAAGCACCUUUUCACUACAUCAAGGAUGAUGUUAAGAAGCCACUCGAAGAUGACUUCAUGUACGAGUUCAAGUAUGACUUUCCUCUCCCGACUCACGGAGAUGAUGUAGAAUUUUUGGACUUCACCGUGGAGGAUGAGAAGGACAAGCAAGAAAUCGCAGGUCAGCUUGUGAACGCCAUUGCCCGCUCGAUUCAGAGAGGCGAUUCAAAGGCAUUCGCCGGUUUAUUUGUUGGAAAUGGCAUCUGGGGAGACAAGCUUGUCUUCACCUGGGAUUAUCGAUCUUUCAAUAUCCGCAGCAAGAUCGAGAAAGCUGCUUCCGAUUUGUUCUCUCAGACUUCGGUACAACACGAAAAGCUCAUUGACCCUUCGCCAUCGAUACAGAGGCCCUAUACCGAUAUUACUUGGAUGCAGGCUGUUUAUUCGUUCGAUACAGACGUGGCCAGUGCGAGUGCAGUGAUGAAAAUUGUCAAAACUGGAGAAGGCUUCAAAUUGUGGACGCUGCAUACUGCUAUGGAAGAAGUCCCAAACCCUGAUGGCCAUAUGGUCGUAAACAAGUCAUGGUGCGAUCGACGAGCUGAGGAUAAUAACCUGGACGGGGUGGAGCCUGAUGUGGUGGUUGUUGGUGGGGGUCACUGUGGUCUACAUAUUGCUGCACGACUAAAGGCUCUCGGAAUCACGCCCCUCAUUGUUGAGCGAAACCAGCGGAUUGGGGAUAACUGGCGCAAACGAUAUGAAUAUCUCUCACUGCAUCUUCCGCAUUGGGGGGGAUCACUUCUCUUACUUCCCUUUCCCGUGAGUGAACAGCGUGAAGUUUUAUUUGGGUGCAAGGGGAUCCUAACAGCCUUCUUCAGAGAGCAUUGGCCCACAUAUACUCCAGCAGGCAAGAUGGGUGACUGGUUAGAUUGGUAUGCGCAGGCUCUUGAACUCCCGACAUGGACAGAUUCCAACAUUGUGUCUACCGCGCAAAGAGAGAAUGGAGAAUGGGAUAUUAAGAUUCAACGUGGAACCAACCAGAAUAAGUACACUCGAACCUUCCACCCAAAGCACGUCAUCCUGGCUACCUCAUUUGCCGGUGUGCCUUUUAUGCCAGAGAUACCUGGUAUGGAAGACUUUAAGGGAGAGAUAAGACAUUCUACCCAACAUGACUCUUCCCGGGAGUGGGAGAGGAAGAAAGUUCUGGUGGUAGCGACUUCAUCAUCUGGUUUUGAUACAGCAUUCGAUUUCGCUCGUUGCGGAAUUGAUGUCACACUUCUUCAAAGAUCACCAACAUACGUCAUGUCUUUGGAUGAAUCGGUUCCCAGAAUGAUUCAGCCAGUCUACGGGCCAGAAGGCCACAAGGCACCGGACAUGGAUACUGUUGAUCGUAUUGCCAAUGGCCUUCCAGUUGGUCCUGCUGAAGAGCCAUUCCGCCGCACGGCCAAGGAUAUCUGGGACGCAGAUGCUGAAAUGAUUGCGAAGAUGGAGAAGGCCUGUUUUCAGGUCUGGAGAGGCCAACGUGAUACCGGACAACAGACUUUGGCUUAUACCAGAAACGGAGGCUUUUACUUCGAUGCCGGUGCAUUUCAGGCAAUCAUUGACGGUCGAAUCAAGGUUGAACAGGGUUACCCGGUUCAGUUCACUGAGAAUAGUCUCAUUCUGAAUAACAAUAGGGAGGUGAAGUACGAUCUUGUAAUUUUGGCUACUAGGUUCAAGAAUGCGAUUGAAUCAGUGCGUCGGAUCUUUGGUGAUGAUGUCGCUAGGAAGUGUAAGCCAAUCUGGGGUAUUGAUGAGGGCGAGUUACGUUGUGCCUGGAAAGAGACCGGCGUGCAGAACAUGUGGCUAAUGGUUGGGGCAUUGCAACACAGCCGGUAUCACUCAAAGAAGCUGGCUUUGAGAAUUAAGGCAAUUCUGGAAGGGAUCGCUCGUAAGCCAUAUUCGGGGUAA